GUGAAUUUGCUUCAAAUCGUUAAAUAAAAAGAUCCCGACGAAUUGAGAACCUCCUCCUUUUUUUGAAGUCGGUUAAAAAUGGGUAUUUUCGUUGAUAAUCGUAAUAGAUCUAUUCGGAUAUCUCUGACGGCGCUGAAAUUCGCUGGUUUUUGGGCUCCAGAUGAUUUAGACCCGAAAUUAAAGACUUUCUACCAUAUUUACUCUGCCAUUUCAUUCAUGUUUCUUUUGGGCACAUACCUCAUCAUCCAAGUAGUGGACAUGUGUCUGAUCUGGGGCGACCUGCAGCUGAUGACUGGCACCGCGUUCGUGCUCUUCACGAACCUGGCGCAGGCGGCCAAGCUGGUGAACCUGGUGCUGCGGCGCCGGCGCCUGCUGGCCAUGCUGGCGGACGCUGAUGCAGUGCUGCGGGGGGCGGCGGGGGAGGCCAGGAGGAUUGUGGAAAGGUGUGACCGCGGCACGAGCCAGCAGCAGCUGCUGUACUUCUGCCUGACGACGGUGACGGUGGCGGGCUGGGCCGGCAGCGCAGAGAAGAACCAACUGCCUCUGAGAGCCUGGUACCCCUAUGACACUUCGAAGUCACCAGCUUACGAGCUGACGUACUGCCACCAAGUGGGAGCCCUAUUCAUUGCAGCCUACCUGAAUGUGGCAAAAGACACCUUAGUCUCCACACUUAUAGCUCAAACUCGAUGCCGUUUGCAGCUGUUGACACUGGCUCUUUCUAAACUUCAUGAUGGGAUGGCUUCAGGGUCAGCCACCCUCCUCUCCCCUGCCGAGGAGUCCCUAGCUGCCUCCCGUCUCCGCGCCUGCGUGGGCGCCCACCAGGCGGCGCUGCGGGCGGCGGCCGAGCUGCAGGCCUGCUUCUCCGCGCCCACGGCCGCCCAGUUCGCCGUGUCUAUGGUCAUCAUCUGCGUGACGGCGUUCCAGCUUGCUGCUGUCACUCAAACAAAGAACUACGUGCGUUUAAUUUCGAUGGGAACCUACCUCAUGAACAUGGCGUUCCAGGUGUUCAUCUACUGCUAUCAGGGCAACGAACUCAGGGAAGAGGCAAGUGUUAUGGAUAAUUAAAGCACUUUGUUUCCCAUUACUCCUAUCUUAUCCGUACCCAUUAUAAUCGCCUUUACUACGAGCUAAUCAGGCCAGCAAAUGCUACGUCACUAUUGUUGUAGUAUUAAUGAUUAUCCGUGUUCUAGUCAAUUUAUAAUUGUACUCUUCACGACAACUCUUAGCACAAGCUUGCUUGUAUUGGGGUCCACAAACCUGCUCUAGCGUUGUGGACUAUGCUAAAGAAACCCUUCUCUUAGAAGGAGACCUGUGACUCAGCAGUAGGUACGUGAUGGGUUUGUUGUGAUGAUUCCAUUUCAUACAUAAGGUUGCUUUGCCAUCUCCCCAGAGUGCCUCAGUAGCA